CCGGCAGCGCGGCCAUGGGCGCCGCCCGCGAUGCGGAGCAGCAGCCGGGGCCGCCGGGCGAGGAGGGCCCGGGCGAGGCCGAGGAGCAGCUGGUCAGCACGAACCCCUGGAACAUCAUGAUCAAGCACCGGCUGGUGCAGCGGCGCGGGCGGCGCUCCCAGAUGACCACCAGCUUCACGGACCCGAGCGUGUCCAUGGACCUGCUGCGCGCUGUGCUGCAGCCCAGCAUCAACGAGGAGAUCCAGGGCAUCUUCAACAAGUACAUGAAGUUCUUCCAGACAGCAGCCAUCAACGUGCGUGAUAACGUUGGUGAGGAGGUGGACCCAGAGCAGCUCAUCCAGGAGACCUGUAGGAGCUGCCUGGAGCAGGCCAAGCUGUUGUUCUCCGAUGGCAAAAAGGUGGUUCCCAGGUUGCCCCAUGAGCAGGCAGUGCCAAAGCGUGCCCGGCAGAUGGAUGAGGAGCUGAGCCGCCGAGGGAGCCCCAUUCCAAAAAAGAGGAAGGGGCGGCCUCCAGGACAGAGCCUGUCAAAUGACCGUGGAGUCUCAGGCAUGGCAGCGUGGAAGCUCAAAGUCUCUGAGCCUGUGAAAAGGGAUGGACCAAAGUGGGAUCCAUCCCGACUGACUGAAACCACAACCUUUGUGCUGGGAUCUCGAGCAAACAAGGCUCUCGGGAUGGGAGGAACAAGAGGGCGACUCUACAUCAAGCAUCCCCACCUCUUUAAGUACGCAGCUGACCCGCAGGAUAAGCACUGGCUGACAGAGCAGCAGCACAUGAGAGCCAUUGGGGGCAAGAUGGCCUACCUCCUCAUUGAAGAGGACAUUCGGGAUUUGGCCGCCAGUGAGGAUUACAGGGACUCUGUUGAUCUGCGGCUGGAAGAGCUGAAGCCUUUCAUCCCACCAGCCUGGAUGACUGAGAAGAUGCAGAAGCACAUGGAGACGCUUCGCCGCGGGGGGGAGGUGCCGCCCCCCGAGGACCCCCCCGAACCCUGAUGCCCCCCAAUAAAGCCGCUUCGU